AUGAGUUCUCCUCUUUCUGAAGCCGACAACAUCAUAUAUAAGGUACUUCAAUGCUUGAUGAAAGAAGGAUCAAUGAUCUACUCCUAUCUCACAAGAAAGGAAAUUGUACUUAUGCUUCAGCAAGUCAUAACAAUCUUCAGAUCAGAACCUAUUCUACUGAAAAUACCAUCAAACAUUCAUGUAGUAGGUGACAUCCACGGAAAUAUUAUGGACCUCAUCAGGAUUUUUCAAAAGGUUGGCUAUCCUCCACAACAGAAAUACUUAUUCCUUGGCGACUAUGUAGAUAGAGGUAACAAUUCUAUCGAAAUACUUUUAAUGCUCUUUGCUCUCAAAAUCAAAUACCCAGAACAUAUAUAUUUGAUUAGAGGCAACCACGAAAAUGAACACAUGUCAGAGUACUAUGGUUUCCGUGAUGAAAUCGAAUCUAAGUAUAACUAUACGCUCUUUUAUGAAUUUCAUCGUGUUUUUCGCCAAUUACCACUUGCAUGCUUAAUUUCCAAUAAGAUUUUUUGUGUCCAUGGAGGCCUAAGUCCACUUUUCACAUCUUUUGAAGAUUUUCAAGCACUAGAGAAACCAGGAGAGAUUAAAGAUCCAUCAAUUUUCCUUGAUUUCAUUUGGAGCGAUCCUAAAGAUCAACCAGAGGAUUUCAAACCAAGUCUUAGAAAAUGCGGACAGUUUUUCGGUCAAAAAGCUUUGGAAGACUUUUGCCAAAAGACUAGUGUCGAAUUAGUUCUAAGAGCUCAUGAACUAUGCCAACAUGGCUAUGACUUUCCAUAUGCAAAUUCAGACUCAUGCAUAACUGUUUUUAGUUCAUCCAAUUAUUGCGAUAGACAGAACAAAGCAGCAAUUGUUAAUGUCAGCAAAAAACUUGAAGUGACAAUCACACAAUUUGAUCCAUUGAAGAGUGAACCAAAUCAGGUUCCUAUCAUUUUCCCAGAGUGGCUUGACUAUCUCAUGGUUUCAGAUAUCAAAAGCAACAAAGCUGAAGAUAAAUUCAACGAUAGUGAACCAAGCUCUGAACUGGAUGAGAAGUUUACAAAGGAAACUGGUGCUACGCUUGAAAUCAGUAGCGCAAUCAGUGAUGCAAACACAUUAUGCUAUUAA